GAGGGCUGAAGGGCAAUUGAUCUACGAAUAGCUGGAGUGCCUGUCCCAGCCUGCCGUGAUGCGCGCGUUAAACUGUCACGUGCGCUCCCGUAGGGCCUGGUCCACUCUCGUCAUCGCCUCACUCCACCACCCGACCGAUCAGGCACCGCCCACGACUGCGACACCAACACCGACACGCAGCCAUGCAGUCUUCCGCGAGCAAACGCGUACUGAGCACUCUCGCCUCCAAGAUCCACCCACAGCUUCCCCUCUCCCCGCGCGAGAGUCAGCAGCUUCUCUCGCUGCUGACCAACUCCUUCCGUGCCCACCUCGACCACGCUCACCCCCUCGCACCCGCCGAAAGCAACCCGAAGAAAUCUACGCGAGAGUUGACUAUCGGCUAUGGCCAGCGCAACCCCUCCGCCAACCGCCCGACGUCCUCGUAUGACUCAGCGACGCAGCACAUCGACUCCAUCUUGAACAAUCCUCUGUUUGCUGUCAAACCGCGUCGAAGAGGCUCGAGAUCUGCUGCCUCCGAUAUACUUCGAGAGCCCCUCGUCUGGUUCGUCGAUGAGAUAGCUGCAGGUUCUGCCACUCUACCAAAGGCAGCCAUGUGCCUAGAGCUCCUUGAGAAGACUACAAGCCAAACCUCGUCACUCAAGGAUGGCAGAUCAUCCGCAACUGUACUCGCCGAAUGGCUCCGAACCAGUGGCUCGGAUACCUCGAAGCAAUUUCUCGACAUGUCCAUCUUGAAAACCGGACGUGGCAGUAAAUUCCUGGACAAGUUGGUGGCUCUGUUCGUGGCUGAAGGCGAGACCACGGCACUCUGGCGUUGGUUUAUCCGGCCAAACGAACAACGCGUCAAGGAGACUGGGCUGGACGUGGCACGUAUAGCGACCUUCAGACAACAACUACUGGCCAAGAUGGUUGUAUUCGCGGCAGACAACAGCUUAGCGAGCGGUCUGGCUACGUUCAUGCAGGCCUUCCGCCUUGUGGAGAAUGCCGGACACGAAGCAGCUUAUGAUAUUCUAAGAUCCGCGGGUGGCCACCUGGUGAACCGGAUCAUCUCCAAUACCGACGAUAUGCUCGAACCCGAGUUGUAUCAGUUGUUCCUGUUGUCAACGCCACGGUGGCUCGGGGAAUGGAGUCCAGCAGUCGAAUCAAUGCUCUGGCUACAUCACCCUUCGGCGCCCAGCACAGGUCCUGGGCUUCACUUCGUUCAGAAUCCUGACGGCGCUGUCAGAUUCGUUGAAGCAUCCCGGAGUCGACGGAAUUUCCUCGUCCAGCUCUGCUUAGGGACUGCCCGGCAGCUAAUGGAGCAGGAGAAUUUCGCUGAAGCGCAGAUCGUGAUGCAGUUCACAAAGGAUCACUUCGCUGAUAUUGUUCUACCGAAAGAAGCAGUCAUUGAGCCGCCAAAGGAAGAACAGAGGAGAGCACGCAGGGAACAGGAAAAUCUGCGGUUAUUGGAUCGCCUGGUCCUGACUUGACCAACCCCUUCAUUCCAUCAAUUGUAAAUAGCCGCGACUGGUUCGCAGGUAUUUUUGGGUAGGCAGCCCGAAGAUUCCAUGCAUACUUAUGUUUGUGUAUAGGCCUUAUGGUAGUGCACCGGGGGUCUGGUCUGGGCGUGCGGGGGAACGCCUACAAACCGCGUCAUAUCACGCGAACACACGAACUCACGAUCACAAUGAUCUGCAAAGAUGCGAAGACAUGACAUAAUAAAUCUUACGAUCGAUUCAUUGCUCCA